CAGGAUUGUUGGGGAGCUACUAUUUUAAUACCAUCACAUAGUAGCCGACCAGAUUCUCUUCAGUCGCUGUAUGGAAAACAUUUACCUGUCCAAAGCAGUAUUCCAAUCCUGGAUGUUUUUGCGCAUAAUUUGGAUCUCUUAAUAUCAAUUUCAAGACAUCGCUUGGACUUACGAUGUAUAUUCUUUGCUAUUGUGUAACAAUCUCUGCAUUGAAAUGUCUGUCCGUUUUCACCAUGUCGAGUCCACUGGUCUAAUUUCCAAAUUAAAUCAUUUAGCGUCAACACGUUUGGACUUCAAAGUGAAACCACAGACGCGCGUUUCGUAGGAGACGUUCUGCAACAAUUUGUUGCAACAUUCAGGGCAAAGUGAUGGUGUCAUUAUCACUUCGGUUAGCCAUGGCAGCAUAAUCAUUUUAUUUUUAUGAUUGACCCGAGUCCUCUUUUGGGAGAUAUUCCUCGUGGUAUUCAAUUAUGUUCACUUUCGCUGCCUUCUGCUAUAUGCUGUCGCUGGUCCUCUGUGCUUCCCUGAUCUUCUUUGCGAUAUGGCAUAUAACAGCCUUUGAUGAGCUGCAGGCAGACUUUAAGGUCCCCAUCGAUCAGGGCAAUCCACUCCAUGCGAGAGAGCGACUCCGAAACAUUGAGAGGAUCUGCUGCCUGCUGAGAAAGUUGGUGCUUCCAGAGUACUCUAUCCAUGGGCUGUUCUGUAUCAUGUUCCUGUGUGCCCAGGAGUGGCUGACAGUAGGCCUCAACAUCCCCCUCCUCUUCUACAACACAUGGAGGUACUUCCACAGCCCCACAGACACUAAGGAGCUCCUCUACGACCCAGCCUCGGUCAUGAACGGGGACACGCUCAGGUUCUGCCAAAAAGAGGCCUGGUGCAAGAUGUCCUUCUUCGUCCUCUCCUUCUUCUACUAUCUCUACUGUAUGGUCUACUCCUUGGUAACCUCAUAACAGCAGAACUCUCUGUAUUUGAGCCAUCCUCCGGAUAUCAGACACAUUUCUGGAAUAUGAGCUAGCUAGCGCAAACAACAACUUUGGAGCAAAAAAGAGCACUUUGUGUCACAGCUUUUCUGUUUCAUGAGAAGGACAGUUGUUGAGUCUGGGCUGUGCUGGUCUGGUCUGGUCUGGACUUGGGGGAAAGGAAGGGUUUCAGCACCAGUCCCCAUCGUCUCCUCAAUGUAUGUAAAGAGACAUUACAGUACUGUUUACAGUUAUCUGUAGGUCAAAAGCCCAUGAUGAGUCACAGCGACCACCAUAUCUACUUGUGUCUGUCACUGCCUGGCCAAUGUUUGUACUCACAGCCUGUCCUGUCCUGGAGAAGUACAGUAGCAUCACCACUACCGUAGUAGGGCACAGUAGUGUUUUUUCUUUUUUACAGGGUAGAUCAGCUUUAAUAUUGCAGAUAGAUUGUGGCUUCUAUCAAUGUAAU